AGACAUUGAAGAGGUAACUUUGAGCUGAUAUCGGGACAACAAAAGAUAUGUUUCUGCAGAAGCUAAAUGUGUUCUUUGCUGUUAUCCAUCUUUUAACAACGUGUUAUUCACUACCAUUGAGUCAGUUUUAUCCGUAUGGAGUAAGCAACGGUGACACCGCACUUUCUCCUAAUGAUGAUGGAGGAUCAGGAAAAAUAACACUUUCUACCCCCUUCCAGUAUUUCGACCGUUAUCAUCGUUCGCUUUAUGUGAGUACUUAUACCUUUUUUUGAAGUUAAAUUAAUCUUUCACAAGCCAUGAACGGAGAUACUAGCCUAUUUUUAGCUACUCUUAAUUCGAGAGGAAAAAGGGUUUUAAAGAAGCCUCUUCGCGCGAAGCGCGCGCAGCGGAGCACCCUGGGGAAUAAAAUUUGGUAAACUAUCCAUCCAAGAAAAUUUGGUUAUGACGUCACCGUACGUUCGUACAUCUGGACGUACUUUCCUUGUAGGGUUAAGUAGAAACGAAUUCUUCACCUCUCCCCUACAAAGUUUUGUCUCCUAUUGUUUCAAAAGCUUUUAGAAAUGAUUGACAAAUCAGAAUCUGUCAACUCACCAAAUGUUUGAUGGAUUUUAGGGGCCGACAAUUUGACUUUUGAGGGGGUUAUGGAUGAUUUAAGAAAAAAAUGUCUUGCGGACUGAUUUCGAGAGGAAAAUAGCAUGCAAUUAAAUUCGUGGGAGAAAAAUAUCCUGCACUAAAAAAAAUAUCGCUCAUGACGUACAAUGCUGAAAAACAAUCUUACACCGUUAUAUGCAGGGGAAACAUUUUCUAACUUUAGAGAGGUUUGAGAAAAAAAUUAUUCCAAUACAAACUAAAUCACGAUCAGUAAAAUCACCCACACCCCAAUUCCCCACAAUCGUCCAAUGGUCAUUUCAACAAUUUAAGGGGUGAGGGAUGAAACGGAUUUGACACCUUUGUGAAUGUCAUCCAUCAACAAAAUGGCUGGCGGGCGAUCAUGAUGUGGUGCUUUUCAAGACUAAAGUUUUGCAUUUCAAGAUUGAAAAUACGCCGAUAAAAGAAGAAUAGAAACAGGAAGUUCAAAAGAAUGCUCAGUUUUCUUUUUGUAGACAAACGAAAGCUUUUCGCUAUGAAAUUGUCUUUAGAGGAAUUUAACCUUGUUCAGUUCUGCACGGCUGAUCGGAGCGCUUGGCUUGUUUUGAACCAACCAAGGCAGAGAGGUUCCUGAAGACAUAUGAGGUACAUUCCGUACUUUAUGAUCAAAGAAAAGCUCGUUUUCAAAAUGGAGUUUUGCAUUUAUAAAGGUUUCAUGGACGUUUUCUACAUUUUGACAUCGGUGUGAAAGAAAAAUUACAAAAUGUGCAUUUGAAAUUGAUUUUUUUACCAUGUGCUCGACCAAUUUAACUUGCGUGAACGCAACGAUUUAACUUGUCUUACGCGAAUUGCUUUUAAGGAUUAACUUAUGGGUUUUUGAAUAAAAAUGUUCACAAAUUAAGUUAUUUGUCUGUCAUUGUUCAAUCAUAACAUUAGCUCAAACAACGACCAUCAGACUACAGAUCGAGAGAUUUUUAGAAUCAUUCAGACGGGCCCUUUCUUGAAUUAAAACUGAAGUGUUGUCUUUGUACAUGUUCCGCAUUAAAUUGCUAUUCAUUUUCUCAUUCAUGACUUGCCAUUCAAGAAUUUUGCAGUGCGUAGACAUCAAGGAUUUCUGCAGUUUUGCAAUGUGCAGUGUGCUGCUCUUUUUCCAUAACUUGUGCCCUGAAUACAGCUGAAUACCGCUUGAAUUUUGCGUUUGCGUUUCUUUUCAGUUGUUUGUUUACGGCUUUAUAUUCUCACUGAAAAAGUGAGCGUAUAUCUAAAAAAUGAAAGAGUUCUCCUCUAUUUUAAAACGGACAGACUCAGCGGCUUUUCGAACCCGAGUUUUUCUUCCUUUUUUUUUACUAAAAAAAGUUGUAAGUUGCUGUAUUAACGUUUAUAUUUGUAGUGAGAGAUUGGAUUAUUGUUAUUAGUAGCGAAAAAGGUUAUCGUUUGCUUUCCUGUGUCUGUCCUCAGAGAAAAUACUAUAAAUGUAAUGGGCUUACGGGAAGACAAAAGUCCUUAAGUCGGCCUGAUUUUUCUUUUAGGUCUUCCCUUAAACACAGAAACACCGACCCUAGAAAUAUUAUCGUAACCUGUAAAUUACUGCUACUUAAGAGACCUACAAUUCAACAAUUUUUUCAAUUCUGGUUUGUUUGUGGGAAAUUUUUUUUAAUCAUUUAGUCCCUCCCUCUAAAGGGGUCUGAUGCCGAAGGCUGUUAGGGAUGUGAAUAUUUUUUUUUUGGUUUAUCGUUCACGUUCUUACUUCAGUUUGAUUGUUUUUAUCAUAAGUAUGGAAACGGAGGCCUCGCUUUUAGCCCUGGCUAAAUCUAUAUAUUAUGUAUGUAUGUAUAUGUAUGUAUGUUGUUACAGGAGAAAGAGGCUGUUUCUUUUCUUUCCUUUUUUUUUUUUUUUUUUUUUUUUUUUAAUUUUUGCGAAAAUUUAUUUAUUCCUUUCACAUAAAAUGUGAACUGAUUGCAUGACUGUUGUUAUCAUUUACGCCCAAUUAUGCAGUUGAAAAGGAUUCAAAAUCGAUUUGCGGAGGCCUUUUUUCUCAUUUAAAACCUUUAGCACAUAUGGUGGUGUACAGCUGUAUGCCCAAGACUUUCAAAAAAGUCCUUCGUCCGAUUUAAUAUGGCGGGGACGACCUCUCAUGACUUCGUCGCUCCCCUGGCCACAUCGCGGCCAAAAAAGCUCACUCCGCUCGCUAAGAAACUCGUGAAGUCGACUUGUUGCAAGUUCACCCGAAGUUUAGAUCAAAGACAUUCUACUACUCAAGUAUUUUUAGAGUAACAAGCCUAUCAGAGUUGCUAUUAAUAACAUGAUAUCCUGCAAACUUUGCAGUGAUUCAAGAUUUUAAUUACACAUUGCGAAUUGUAAUUCCUUUAGAAUAUUGUACAUCUUAAAAUUAUUAGUAUUUUAUAAUUGCAAGCAUUCUUUUUCUUUUGUAAAAAUAUUUUAGUACGGUAAAUGCCUAAAUAUCUUAGUUUACACUUCAGCGAUAAAGGUUCUUACUUCACUAUCAGUUUGACUUUACUCGCCUGAUGGGAACAGAGUAUGUAAUGAUUUAUUUCCCAUUUGAGAGCGUACUUGAAAAAAGAGCACUAAGCAUUAAGUAAAGUAGACCUUCGACAAAAAAAGAAAUACGCGCCCUACGUUUCAGCGCUAAAACAGAUGGUAUGCUGAAACGGAAAUUGAAACCCAUGAGGAGCCGCAUGAAGUCCCUUUACCAAUUACGUUGACUAACGUUUGCUAUGCUCAAUUUCCUGUUAUAAUUUUACCUCCGAUCUCGUGCAGGUUAGCAGGGUUCGCACUAGCUGUCAUCGAUAGUGAUUUUCACAGUACACUGCAAAACAGUCGGUUUCUUCUCAAAAUCAGCAGAAAAAAAAAAGGGAAGUGUGGCGUGAUAGUCUUACGCGCGCGAAGCGCGCGAGCGAGUAUGAGUCGAGAGAAAAGGAAGCUCUCUCCCCAGUCUCGUUCACUGUUUUCUGCCUCGUUUCAGACCUUUUGUUUGACUGCUCGUGCGUACUUGAAUACGCAAAAGUACGGACUGAAAAUCUCGCUAAACGGUCAAGCCUUCUUCGCCCGUUCCACUACUUCCUAGUAAAUAUCAUCAGAACACUAGUAAAUGAAAUCUCGCUACUUAGGCCCGUUCCACCAUUUACUAGUAAAUAUCAUCGGAUUAUUAGUAAAUGAAAAUCUCGCUGAAAGGUCAAGCCUUUUGUGCCCGUUCCACUAUUUACUAGUAAAUACUGUCAAGAUACUUUGGUAAAUGAAAAAAUCGCUAAAAGGUCAAGCUUUCUUCGCACGUUCCACAAUUUACUAGUAAAUAGUGAGAGGAUACUAGUAAAUGCAAAUCUCGCAAAAACGGUCAUGCCUUUCUUGCCCGCUUCACCAUUUACCAGUAAUUAUUAUUAAGAUGCCAGUAAAUGAAAAUCUCGCUAAAAAGUCAUGCCAUUUUGGCCCGUUUUACCAUUCAGCAGUACAUGUAGUUUACAUACUAGUAAAUGAAAAUAUCGCUAAAAGGUCAUACCUUUUGUUCACGUUCCACCAUUUACUAGUAGAAUUUACUUAUAUACCAUGAAAUGAAUUUCGCGAAAAGGAAAUUAUUUUUUGCCCAUUUUAGCAUUUAUGAGUAUACAGUAACAUAAAGAAAAUCAAUGAAAAACAUUUUUCACUGUUAACGAAUUUAAAAAAAAAAUGUUACCAGUACUUUAGUAAAAAUUUUUAAAAACGUUGUAAAAAUAUGAAUUCCCAUAUUUUUUCCAUCAGCUUUAAAAAAAAAUGGUAGUGUCUGCUAAAAUAAUCCGUUGAAAGAAAUGUCAGAUAAAGCUUCAUAGGAGGCCACGAAAGGAGAUCCGCAUGUCAGCUCAACUAUGGUUUCAAGCUGUGGUCUAUUCCUGGCUGAAAUGAAACGAUGACCUUCUGGUCAGAUGGGGGACAAAUUUUCCCCCAUAUUUCGGUCGCUAAGGCUUGCGGCUUGCCAUGUAUGGUAAAACACGUCAUCCUAAAAGACUUGGUUGCCUUUAAAUAUCGAGAAAACAGCUCAGAAUUUCAUAUAGACUACUCAAGGCAUUGAAGAGGUAACUUUGAGCUGAUAUCGGGGCAACAAAAGAUAUGUUUCUGCAGAAGCUAAAUGUGUUCUUUGCUGUUAUCCGUCUUUUAACCACGUGUUAUUCACUACCAUUGAGUCAGUUUUAUCCGUAUGGAGUAAGCAACGGUGACACCGCACUUUCUCCUAAUGAUGAUGGAGGAUCAGGAAAAAUAACACUUUCUACCCCCUUCCAGUAUUUCGACCGUUAUCAUCGUUCGCUUUAUGUGAGUACUUAUACCUUUUUUUGAAGUUAAAUCAAUCUUUCACAAGCCGUGAACGGAGAAACUAGCCUACUUUUGGCUUCUCUUAAAUUCGAGAUGAAAUAGGGUUUUAUGUAUGUAUGUAGGGGGAAAGAGGCUGUUUCGUUUCUUUUUCACAAAAUGUGAACUGAUUGCAUGACUGUCGUUAUCAUUUACGCCGAAUUAUGCAGUUUAAAAGGAUUCAAAAUCGAUUUGCGGAGACCGUUUUUCUCAUUUAAAACCUCUAGCACAUAUGGUGGUGUACAGCGGUAUACCUAAGACUUUCAAAAAAGUCCUUCGUCCGAUGGCGCGGGACGACAACGUGUACAAAAUUUAAGAGUGACUAUGGAGAUACCUCAAAGUGUCCAACCGUUUGAACAAUUGUACUUAUUGCCAAUAUCCUUUGGCUACGAUUAAAUAACAGGGGCACCCAGCGUCAAUUCUCGGUGUCUGUUCGCAAGACGAUGUGAGAUCUAGAAUUUUCGGAACAUUUGUUGUAAAAUUUCUUGCUUGCCUGCCUCUAAAAAAAUGGUAUAAUUGCCCAUUUUUAACCGAUUUUUACCCUAAUAAGAUCACCUAUUUUCGGAAGCCUUUUUGGGGCAGAAAUUUUCGAAAAGGUAAGUUUUGAUCCCUAUAAUUCUCGUAUCACUAGAAUAUCAGCUAGGAAAUCCGAACAGGUGAAAAAUUUUUAGAGGGAUAAAAAUAUGCCUAUAUCUACCCUUUAAAUACUAGAAUACGUUCAACAAUACUAUGUUUAAGUGGUUUUGAACGAUAUUCUCGAUGGGUGCCCCUUAAACGAUAAACCGAUUAAACCCAAAAAGCUGAAACAUACUUUUUAAUCGCGAAACAAGUGGCUUUAAUUAACAGUAACUAACAGUAGGAAUUUUCACUAUGUAGCGGAGAAGUGAGGGCAAAGAAAAAGUGUGACAAAAAAGUGUGAUGCUACAGGUUGAUGUUUCGCCUAUCACUAAGCUGAUGUUAACUGGCCGUGCCAUCGCUAAGAGACGCAAACUUUCUAUUCUGGAAUUGACUUUUAAAUCUCUGAAUGAUACAAAUUUUCCUGAAUACCUUAGACUUUAGUACUCUACAUGCCGUUUCUUUAUACAACUUGAAAUCCUCUGUUGCUUCACUGUUACGUAUCCCCAACGUAAUCUGGCACCUUUCACAACACUGCCGCGACUUUUUUCAACAGUCUACCAUCCCAUGCCAAAGGAUAAGGAUAAUCUUUAUUUAAACACGUCACAUCAGUGAGCGCUAAGAAGGCUCGUUAUAAAAAUGUAUGAGUAUAAUGUCAGAAACAUUAUUUGUAAAUAAUAUUUCUUUUUUUCUAUUUCUUAUAGAAUUUUGAAAUGUAAAUUACUAGUCAAGAAUAUUAGUUUAGCUAAGCUUUAAUACUGUACAGGCGAAGAGCCACUUUUGUGGAUUCUGCAUUAAAGUCAUUAUUAUUAUUAUUAUUAUUAUUAUUAUUAUUAUUAUUAUUAUUAUUAUUAUUGAAUAUCGCAUAUUCAAUUAUUACUACUAGUUAAUAUUCUUAUCGUGCCAGAUUUUAAAGAGGAAUCAGUGAAAAGAUGCUGAAUAUUGGUAGUGAUUGCUAAUGGUAAUAGGUAAUGGUAACAGGACUGAGUGGAGUCCAAUUCGGUCCGUAAUCAUACGAGUGUUUAACAAAAUCGGACGACCGCGUAGCGGGAGUCCGAUUUGUUUCAUCACGAGUAUGAUUACAGACUGAACUGGACGACACGAAGUUCUGUUAUCAAUUAAUCAUAACUUUAACAAAAUUUGUGAUAUAUAAGCCCUUUUUUUAAAAUCAAAACAGAGGAAAUUCCAAUUUUUUUUAUGCUAGUAGUGAAAAAAAGCCAUUUAAGCGCGCGAGUGAUGGCGCGUACAGUCCAAUUACUUAGGCAUGACGCGUACUGUCCUAUUAAAUUGUCCAAUUAAGGCUGAAAUCAGGGCAGUUGAUAGCCAAUCAGAUUUGAGAAUUUUGUUAUAGUUAUGAUUAUAAUAAUAGUUAGUAGAGAAACAUUGUCGUGGAUUAUAUUUCAAGAGAUAUUCAGACAUUAUGAUCUUUUCUUUUCUUUCUAACAGGUAUUAGGGUACAAAUUUCCUUUUUAAUUCUUUUUUAAGUGAAGCACUGUAAUUAGGUCUUUUUAUGAGAAUUGAAUAAAGAUCUUUUUAUUAUUAUUAUUAUCAUUAUUAUCAUUAUUAUUAUUAUUAUUAUUAUUAUUAUUCAGGUUACGUUCACACGGCAAAGGACAAGUUUUCGUUUUCGUUCACACAAAACUGUUCAAUAUUUUCGCUCCGUUCACACGAAACUUUGAACGGCUAGGCGUCUAAUUUUUCGUAUGGUUUAGGAAGUUCCAUGUAAACACGGAACACCUAAAUGCGCGAACUUUCAAUUGGUCGAAAAUUUGUUCAGCGCUGUGUGAACGUAGCUCUAAUCUAUUGCAUUUUUGACGUUCUCGUUGCCGUUGUCGUCAUUAUCUCUGCUGGAUCAUUUUUCUUAGGUGAACACAAAUGGAGUCAUUUCAUUUUUAGCGCCAGUGAGUCAAUACACCCCA